AUGAAUUCAGAAGCAUCCGGAAUUCCAUCGACAUCAUUAGAAUUCACGAAAAUGAAGAAUUCAAACUCAACUGCAAAUAUCGCUUAUAAUACACAAUUAGCAAGUCUUCCAGAAUCCGUAAUUCAUCGAGUAUUCUCAUAUUUAAGCCAUCCGGAAUUACUCCAAGCCCAACGGGUUAAUAAGCAAUUUUACAGAUUGAUCAAACGAAAUGUCCACUUAUUAUGUCGACCGAAGGUAAUGGAAAUGGGAAUUAGCAUGUGUGGUUGUGAAAAACGAGCUCGACCAUUUGGACGAUUGCAAACAUCGUUAAUGCUGAAAGCGAACAGAAGAAGACGAUUAUUUGUGAGAUUCACCAGGAAGGCAUCUUCCGUCGUGAAAUAUCGAGAAUUAUAUAAGGAUGAGGAUUAUACUGGUGAUCGUAACGAUUUAUCAGAAAAUUUGCUAAAUUAUUUGGAUCAACAAUUCAAGGAAGCAAAUAUUCAUGGCGUACUUUCAUUCUCGGGUAUUGCUAUCACUACUGAUCUUUAUAACAGUUUGUGCAAAAGUUGGGUCAGAAUUGACAAUGCUACACGUUUAGUAUUCACGUUAUGUCGUUUUCGGUUAUCAUCAAAGUAUUUCUGUAAAUUAUUGAUGCGUACAAAUUGUCAACAAUUGAACAUCGAACUUUCUCAUUUCGAACAAUGCCUUAUUGAUGAUUUGGUUUUGGAAGCAAUGCCAGAAUGUCGAGAAUUGAUUCUGAGCAGUGCAACUCCAAUAUAUUUCGCCUGUUUUACUGAUAGUUCGUUGCAUCGAUGGGCUGUUCAGGAAAAGUUACCCAAAAAGAUUCUUCUUCGCAAUAUUCGGGCUAAUUUUACAUUUGAUGGGGCAUUACAAAUUCGGCAUCCGGAAUUAUUUUCCGAUACAUUUCAACCCACGAUAUCUGUUGCUUGCUGCAGAAAGACAGUAUAUGAUUGGGAUUUUGGUUGUAUAGUAUUACCGGAACAGAAUCAAGGAAACGGAAUUGUCGAACUGUUGAGCACACCGGGUGUGGUGACGCACGUUUCCCAUCAAAAUAUGGCAAAACUACUGAACAACGAGGAGGAGUUCAAUCAGUUCGUCAAAACAACAGAAUAUGCUUUGGUGCAUUUCUCUGCAAAAUGGUCGGAAAUGUGUGGACAGCUCAAUAAUUUAUUAUUAGAAUUUAAAGAUGAAAUGAAGUUCUUUGAUUUUGCUGCAAUUGAAGCAGAGGAAGUUAGUGAAGUAUCAGUUGCAAAUAAUAUUGCUGUAGCUCCAACCAUUCUCUUUUUCAAGAAAGGGAAGGAAGUUGACCGUUUACAAGGAUUCGAUCCGGGUGAAUUAAGAAUAAAAAUAAUCAAGCUCAAUUUUGCUGAAGGCGUCGCUAGCAUGACAAAAAAACCAAUUGAUGAUGAGAAAAAUGGUGUGAAUGAUAGGAUAAAGUCAUUGAUCUUUCAGUCUCCUCUCAUGCUCUUUAUGAAGGGAACACCAGAUAAUCCAAAAUGCGGUUUUAGUAGUCAAAUUGUCAGUCUUUUACGUGGAAUCAAUGCAGAUUUUUCAAGUUUUGAUGUAUUGGAAGAUGAUGAAGUAAGACAAGGAUUGAAAGACUAUAGCCAUUGGCCCACAUUUCCACAGCUUUAUUUGAAUGGAGAGCUUAUUGGAGGUCUAGAUAUUCUCAAAAAAGAAUUAAAUAACCCUAACUUUUGCAACAAAUUGCCGAAGUUAAAAAAUAAUAAUGAAAGAUUAAAAACAUUGAUCAAUCAAGCUCCUUUGAUGCUCUUUAUGAAAGGAAGUCCUGAAGCACCUAAGUGCAAAUUCAGUAAAAAAAUCGUCGAGCUGCUGGCUGAGAUUAAUGCAAACUAUUCAUUUUUUGAUAUUCUUGAAGAUGAUGAGGUGCGAGAAGAAUUGAAAAAAUAUAGCAACUGGCCAACCUAUCCGCAGCUAUAUUUGAAUGGUGAACUGAUCGGUGGUUUGGAUGUGGUGACAGAAGAAUUGAGAAAUCCCAGUUUUGUGGAGAAACUGCCUAGACAGAGUUGA